UUCUUGCAGCUAGGAUUUAAUUAAUAGUUCCACGUAUGUAGCUUUUUAAACAAUAUUCGCAUUCAUGGAGAAACGGCGUGAAAGGAUGGAGGUAACGCUGUGUGGCGGGAAGCCGUGGGGAUUUUCUAUAAAAGGUGGAACGGAAAGUAAUAAAUCUAUCAUUGUGUCAAAGUUGGAGAAUCGUGGCAAGGGUGAAGCGAGUGGACUCCGAGUUGGUGAUAUAAUUAUUUCUGUUAAUCAUGUUGUACUUGGAGGCAUUCGCAGAGAAGCUGUUGAACUUAUAAGAAGGGCUGGGGAUCGUUUGAUGCUUGAAGUAGAACGUGUAUUCCCACCACACAUGAUCAACCCUCCGUCUCAGUCAAGAUCAAGUCAUUUCGAGAAUGUGAAUCCUGGAUCUCGUAUGCCUUUGGUGUCACGUUUUCAAGAUGAAGAAAUACUUGAGUUGCAAAAUAACACGAACAAUAUGAAUACAAGUUAUAAUAAUAAUCAGCAACGUAGCAGGGAAUAUAUUAAUCAGAACCAAAAUGAUCAACGUCCACGUGGAUAUAUAUUUUCAGAAAAAAGUAAUAGAUUGCCAACAUCGCCGCAUCAACAUUAUGAAAAAGAUACACAAAAUAAAACUGCCUUUGCGGAAAGGAUUGAAAUAGAUCAUCAUCAAAAUAAAUCGGGUAAUGCAUCACCGUCGCCACAAAAACUUGCCGAACAAGAACGUCGUGGAAUUGCAAGCAGAAGAAGUGUAGGUCCUAUAUCAUCUAUGACAAAUUCUAAUGAAAGACUUGUAAAUGAUGAACCAGUGCCUCCUCCGAGACAAGUAGCUACGAGAAGAAGGCAACAACAACAAAAUAAAAAUCCUGAGCGUCCAAGAUCAUGGCAUGCUUCGAAACAUCCUGAUGUUGAGCAGGAACUACGUUCGUAUAUUGAAAAGUCCACAUCUCAAAAGAUGACAAAAAGGAAAUCUAAAGGCUGGCUAGAAACCGAAGACCUAAAAUCAACACUAGAGGGAGAUUCUACUGAAUCCUUGACUGGAAGGGAACAAAGAUUUCAGAAGGAGAAUAAAGCGUCUCAAGAACCUGCUAAUAAAUUCCGCGGAUCAUGUCCAGACACUAUGAAUUAUGAAGAGCUCGUAAAUUAUCGCUCGGAACCUGUUAGUUUGUCACGAAGUUCGCUGGAUAAUUCAAACAAAUCAAUAAAUAAUAGAACAGAUAGAGAAUCAAUAUCUUCAGAAUCAAGUUGCAGUAUGCGUAUUGAAGGAUCACUAGGAAAUAAAUUUCGUUCUUCCGGCAGAUAUGGAGAAAUUUGGAAAUUGCCUCAGAAUCAAGAACAUCGUAGAGCGAGGUCGUUCGAUGCAUUAUCGGAAGAACCAGCAAAUCAUAAUUCGAUGAAUUCAACAGACGUUAAACGAUCAUCGUUGCGAAAAUCUACUGGGUCGACAGGUUCAGAAUCUUCGCCGCAUAUUCAUCAAAAUUCAGCAUCGAAGCAAACGAGUCCGUCAAAGUCGAAACCAUCAACUUACAAUUUCGAACAACAAAGUGGGAAAGAGCAAUUUCGUGUUACGCAACAUUUUAACCUCGAUAAAGGCGAAUUAUCAAUAUCCGAUACGUCAAGUUCAAGUAUGGAACAAGCUCCAACUGGAAACACUCCAAAACAAGUUACUACGCCUGGUGAAAUUAAAUUUUCAUAUCAAAGUGACAGUAUGGUCGUGAAAUUAUUACGAAAUCCAACUACUGCGAAUCCUAAAGCCGGAGAUUUUAGCAUUAUUCAAACCAAAAGGCCAAAGUCUGCCUCAUCUAAAAUUCAACCUCAUCUUUCAAGAACGAGUCUAAGUUCAUUGGAUGAUUUUAACAAUGCCGAAGAUAAAAAUAAUGAAGAAAGUAAUGCAAUCAUGCCCAAUAAUGAUGAAUAUAAGAAAAACAUCCAGGGAAUGUCAAAAAAGGUUUUGAGGGUGACAUCAUUUACAAGAAAAGAUCUAGAAUUGUCACCACCGUACCAGAGUUCAUUGCAACCAGUGAAACAAGAGUUUGGUUUUCCAGCCUUAUAUGUACAAAAGAGUUUCUUAUCAAAUAAUGGAAGUGCUCCGGUUCGUUCAAAGUCAACAUCUUCGUUACUUGAAAAACCUGUCAUGUCUACCGUAGCAAUUCCAAUCACCCCAGAUAAAACUCAGUAUUGUGAGUCUGUAUCUGCGUCACAGUCAAGGCCAUAUGACAGUCCAAGAAUGGCUCGGCAAUCCAACACCAAAAAGAUUGAUGACAGUGACAGUUGGUGGAUUAAACAUACAAAAGAAUCUCGGAGUAAUAGCCUAAAGAAAGGAUCUGUGCCGCGUUACGAGGAUACACAGCAGCAAGAUCGGGAUAGCAUGAAGCAACGUCACGGAAGUACUAGCCCACAUUUUGCACGUUCUCCACCAAAAGACAGAAUUUCCCAACCUUCGUUCGGAGAUAAAUAUGGGAAAUCUGCAGAUAUUAUAAAAACAUCACCAAUAUCACAUGACAUUACUAAAUCUCAAACACCCUCAACUGAAAUAAUUUUACGCGAUACAGAAACAAAAGUACGGGUCGAAGAAGAUAAAAUUUCAAGCAAAAUUUCAGCAAGAAGAACUUCUCCUGCUUCUCGUGAAUCUGCUAAGUCUCGGAAAUUAUCAGAAUCUCGUUCAGCACAAAUAAAUAAACCAUUGAGUAGUAACCUGCCCAUCAAGGAUCCAAUUUAUAAUAAAAGUUCCGCUCAAAAAGUUGGCAUAACUAAAACAGAAGUUCCAAAAAGCAACAAACUAUUCACCAGUAAAGGUAUAAUUCCAUCAUAUUCAAAUGAUAAUAUACCACCUACAAGUAAAAAUCUUGAAAAGAAUUUCAAGCGCUCGAACUUCGAUACUCCUCAGCCAUUCCAUGACACAUCGAAAGCAAAAAGUAUCAACGAAACUGCCACAGCCAAGUUGAAACCGCCAUCGAGUAGAAAUUAUGGAAGCCCGAUACAUAGAGUUUCACCACCGAGUCCAAAAGCUUCUCAUUCACGCGAAGGGUCAGGUGAAAGUUCACGAACUGGUAGUAUAUCACCUAAAGCCACAACGAAGAGUACAGUUCCAUUAGCAAAGACUACUUUAUUACAAAUGGAGACAUCACCCUCUCAAGUUGAAGAGCCAAAAAUAGAAUUGGAUGAAGCCUCAAAAAUAAAAGUUUCAGAACCUUGUUCCACAUUUUCAGUUCAAAAUGAAAAGCCUGUUCUUCCAGACCCAAAACAAUUUUACGAUGAAACUGUUCCUUCUGAGUCAAGUUCCAAUGCUCCAAAGUCUCCAUUAUCUCCGAUCAGAGAUGAUGUUUUUUCGGCCCAAGUUUGCAGACCAAGAUUGAGUGAUAGCUUAACAAUGCUUCCUAUCGAUCGUGAAGAUAGCACAACAGCAGUUAAAGUGUUACUUGCCAAAAAUGAAAUGUUACCUACGCAGAAAGAAGUUGACGAUGAAAUGCAAAAUGUUACUGAAACUAAUGCAAACUUGCCCAAAGAUACAGACCGUGUCGAUGAAGUACCAGUGUUUGAAGAGACCUGUCAGCCGACCACACAACAGAGUAUACUGCCUGUGAAACAAUCCAUGACUACAAAAACUAAACCGACAACUACUACUAAUGUUACUACUGUCUCUACGACUGAUUCUAGUUUACGAAAUACGAUUCUUAGCACCCCUGCACUUACUAAUUUUAGCAAUUUUUUCAUGUCGCCGACAUCUACGUUGCCAGCAUCUUCUACAUAUUACCAGACAUCAGCAUCGAAAGGUAAAAUAAUAAACUUAAUUCAAGAAAAAGUGGAAGGAGGUGAAUUUAUUGUGUCUGAAUCUGAUGAAACUGAAGACGAUAUGAAUAAUAAAAAGGUAAAGUUACUGACCAGCUUUACAAAUCAUUUAUCUGUACUCCAAAAAAAUAAAGACUUAAUAAAAAUGGAUAUAGAAGAAAACGAAAAGUUGGGAAAAGUUGUGAGACAAAAUGCUGAACAGCUUUGCACUCCCCGAGAACAUGAAAAAUUUAAAACUUUUGUUGAGGAAGUUGACAAAAUAUUUAACUUACUUUUAUCGAUCGGUGGACGACUAGCGAGAGUCGAAAAUGCCUUGGCAACUCUAGAUCCUGAAGCAAGCGCGGAGGAAAAGAAUGGGCUUCUGGAGAAGAAAAGAAAAUUAACGUUACAGCACGAGGAAGCACAAUUAUUGAAGGAAAACGUAGACAGGAGACAAAAAUUAGUAUCGGAAAUUUUAUAUUCACACAUGAGUGAAGAACAGUACACUGACUUCGAGCAUUAUAUAAGAAUGAAAACUCUUUUCAUAUCGGAGCAAAGAGAUCUUGAUGAUAAAAUGAAACUCGGUGAAGAGCAAUUACGGGAACUGUACGACAGCCUUCCAGAAAGUUUACAGGAAAGUCUUCCAUUAGCGUUACAAUACCAAGCGUAUGCGCCGCCAGCAACAAAUGAACAAUCAACGGAUUUGAAUAAACCAUCAUGAUGUUUUCUGUGAAAACUCUCUCAUAUAAUUCAUUUUACACAGCCAAAUAAACACCAUAGAAAAUUAACGUUACUGAGUGGACCAGGCCACUUUUAAAAUUUAUUUCCUAGAACUGCAUUACGACUCACACAAGCAAAACUUUCGGUUAUGUUAGACAUCAAUUCUAAGUUUAGGUUUUUGGACUGUGUAUUAGCUGCAUUUUAAAUAUUUUCAUGACAAAUGGCCUAAUUGUUAUUAGCCUACGCGAUAGUUGGACUACAAAAAUACGAUUUGUGGUGAACAUUAAAUAACCGAAAGAGAAGCUUUUGCCCAUCAUAUGAUUAAGCCAUCUAGGUAAUGGACAUACUUGAUUUGAAAACAAGCCAACUCGUUGGAUUAUCCACUGAGAUGUUUCAGUUUUUGAGCAUUGUUACUUAAAAUGUCUUUUGGCAUGUCCGAUAAUCAAACCUAAUUUCUUAUUCGUAAUGGAGCCACAAGUAAUCGAAUAUAUUGUUCUUUCAUUCCUCGCGCAAAAAAUUGGGUAUCACUGUUUUCUUCCGUGUGGGAAAAUUUUCUGAAUGUUAGCUAUUAUUUUUGAUUUGUAUUUUGACAGAAUCCUUUAUAUAUUGCUGUUUCCUUUGUUCCAACGUUUUUUUUUCAUAUUAAUAAUAUUAUUAGAUGGUGCCAUAUGUUAAUGAUAAUCGUGCCUGCUGUGAUUGGCGUAAUUUUUCACUGAUCUUGGUGGUGGCUUAGGGCUGAUAUCAUAGCCACAAUUAAUUGAUAUAAUUUACAUUUUUUUUUCGUUCUGCAUUUUUUUAAUGAAUUUGUACCAACACUUUAUCACAGUGUUGUUUAAUAUAUCAUGAAGAUAUUGAUGA